AUGAAGUUUUCCCUGGCCACUCUCACCGCCAUGCUCGCCGUCGGCGUCAUCGCCGCCCCAGUCGAUGCUGGCGAGGCCGACGUAAGGAGCUACACUCGCUCGAGUGAGCAUCCGCCCCCUCCCGGUGGUGCGAUAGUUUACGAUCCCGGCUUGAGCCAUGUCGUCAAGCGGUCGUCUGGGCCCCCGAGCAAAGAAGGAGGCGAAAAGGAAGCAAAGAGAACCGAGGCGGUUCCGUGCGACGAGAAGAAGAAAAAUGACUGCCUGGCGAAGUGGAAGUGCGAUGGCGAGAAUGACACUGGGCCAAACUUCUUACAGUGCAGGCUGUGCGAAAUCUAUACGUCUGAAUGUGCGGCAAAAGGCCCGCAGCACGAGGGUCCAUUUCUAGCAGGGCCUGGAAUUCCACCAGGGCCCGCGUAG